UGGAUUGUUUUAGAUGACACUAAUUUAAAAUGAGUGGCCGGGGCGGAAGAGACGGAGGAAAUCGGCGGCGAGAUGAUUUCAGAAGGAAUGAUGGUGGAGGGAACAGGGGAAGAUAUGAGGGUGGAGGGAAUGAGGGUGGUGGAGGCGGAAGAUUCGAGGGAAGAGGAAGGUUUGAGGGCGGAGGAAGAUAUGAGGGAGGAGGCGGAAGAUAUGAAGGAGAAGGCGGACGAUACGAAGGAGGCGGCGGAAGGUUCGUAGGGGGUGGUGGAAGAAAUGAGGGAGGCGGAAGGUACGAAGGGGGCGGCGGAAGAUAUGAUGGGAGUGAAGUGAAAGGAGAUCGGGAUAAUAGAAGAUUUCGGGAUAGAAGGAGACGAGGGUUUGAUAGGAACGAGAGAAGAGAAGGAGAUGCAGAGGUUGAACCAUCAGCUGGGGAGGAGGGGGAAGUUAAAUAUGGAACACCCUCAAGAAUAUUUAGACCUGAGUAUAGAGAGCAAGGAUUUCAAGAAGAGAGACAGGAUCAGAAACCGAUAAUCCUCGCUAGAUCAGAGAGAGCACUGGAGAGAGACAAAGCAGAGAAGUUAGACCAGGAGUUCCCCGCCCUAGGAAAGCUAGAGGUUUCGGCCUCAAAGAGCAUUGAAGGGCGAGAGGAAAGUGAGAUCCCUGGAGUUAUUAUUGUAAAGCAGAGGGAAUCUAUUAGAAGCGAAUCCCCAGCAGCUUCUUCUGCUCCUAGGGUAGCAGUUAAACGAGAUCAAGAGAAAGUAACUGCUAAUCUGACCGCUCCCCUUAAGCUGGUUGAUGAAGCGCACACGUUCUGUGACGGGAUAGGAGAUUAUUUGACCGAAAACCAGGAUUUUACAGUUAUAGGGGUCCUAGGGUUACAGAAUACUGGUAAAUCUACAAUCCUCAAUAUGCUAGGGAAAUGUGGAUCUAAGGAUGAAGAUAUAUUCCGGGUUCAGGGGUUCGAACACCAGAUGUUGGGAGAACAUUGCACAAAUGGAGUUGAUGUUUAUGUAAACUCAAGGCGAUAUAUAUUGUUAGACUGCCAGCCUCUUCUUUCAUCCAGUAUUAUGGAUAGAUCUAUCCAGCUGGAGAAGAAGUUUAAUGCUGAGUUUUCAACUGCUGAGAAUACAAUAGAAGUUCAAUCCCUUCAACUUAUAGGAUUUAUAUUUUCUGUUUGUCAUGUGGUUAUCCUGGUUCAGGACUGGUUUAUGGAUACUAGUCUUAUCCGUCUCCUCCAGGCUGCUGAAACCUUGAAACCUGUUACUCCGACCGCAUCCGGAGAAGAUAAUCAACUGAGUGAGUACUUCCCCCACCUUGUGCUGGUGCAGAACAAAUGCGAGCUUAAUGACUUCGAGGAUGAUAUAAGUGAUGAGAUGAGAGAUGUGUACGGGAUGCUCUUUGCAAAGUCUAGAUUGAACUGGAGAGAGGAGGAGAGGGAUACUCCAAACCUAGUUCUUAUUCCGGAUAUAGAGGGAGACAGAGCAGAUAUUCUCCAGUAUAGGAUUAAACCUAGAGUAGAUUAUGAGAAAGCGGGGAGAUCUCUACGUCAGAAGGUUUUUAACCUGCCUCGUAAACCCUUGAGCCAGGGUAAGCUGAGUGAACGAGCCUGGGCUAAUCUGGCGUCAAGGACCUGGGACAAUAUCAAGAAAUCACCCUUUUAUAUUGAAUACAGUCAGCUACUCCCCUAAAUCAGGUUGGAAUCCUUGAAACUGGUUGAACUGUUUGAACCCUGAGAAGUAUCAUCUAGAAAUCCUAGACAAACUACCCUCCAGCCAUUUUAAAAGCCAAGAGGAUCUGAAAUAAUGAAAACAAAGAUCCCUAGAAAUGUCCUGGAAAGGGGUCGGAAAGGCCCUAAAAAGGUUGGAAAACUGGAUCCUAAAAGUCCCUUCGAGAAUUGAACCGUUAAAUUUCAUUUGAAAACAUUUUUUUAAGCAUUUUAAAGUUUGAUUUAUUGAUUUAGGGAAUAUUUUUCAGA